CGCCCCCGCCCCGGGGUGCCGCCCCGCUGGACUCUGCUGCUGCUGGGGCUGCGGCGCCAGUUGAGGCGCGCCUAGCCUCGCGCCCCGGGAGCAAGCUGCUGCGGCCGCCGCGAGGAGCCCGGCGCGACCUCCAGCGGUGCGCCCCGCCCCGGCGCCAUGCACUGCGAGGUGGCCGAGGCGCACUCAGACAAGAGGCCGAAGGAGGCCCCCGGCGCUCCGGGUCCCGGCCGGGGGCCCGCUGGCCUCGGCCCGCACAUGGCCUUCAGGGUCACGGUGAGCAGCGGGGGCUGCGGGGAUGGGGGUCCGCGUGACUUGCUGCCCGCGCCACUGCGCGCCCACGACCUCCUCGAGCCCCGGAGCCCCCGAGACUACGGUCCGUCCAAGGCCUCUGCCGCCGGUAAGGUGAACGGGAGCUACGGCCACUGCACUCCGGGCUCGGAGAAGAGUCUACUGGACCUGGACCUUGCUGAAGGCCCUGGCCCCCCCUGCCGCCAGGGCCUGUUUCUCCCUGCAGGAAGCCCACCACCCCAGGGCCACCCCUCAGCCUGUGAGAGGCUGCUGCAUUUCCCCCACCCCAGCAGGUCGCCCAGGCCCCAGGCCACCUAUGUGAACGGAGGCCUCCCGGCCACACAGCACAUCAAGCAGGAGUCCCUGCCUGACUACCGGGCCAUGACGGAAGCUCGCGCACCCCUGUCUGCCCACUGCCGGGCCCCGCCAGCCACGGGCCUGCACACAGACCUGGACCUCUCGGGCCGAGGCCUCGCCAACCCCGCACCUUCCUGCUACCUUCUGGGCAGUGAACCCAGCUCUAGCCUGGGCCCCCCACCUGAGGCCCACCUGCCCGAGGGUGGCCUGAAGCGCUGCUGCCUCUUGGGCCUGCCCCCAGCAUCCUCAGCCUCCGCCUCGCCCUGCGCCUCUUCCGACAUCACCUCCAUCAUCCGCUCCUCCCAGACAGCUCUGGUCACCUGCGUAAAUGUACUCCGGAGCCCCCCUCUGCCGGGAGACCCGGGAGGCCCUCCCAAGAGGGCCCGGCCCAGCCCUGCGUCCACCGAGAGCCACGAGGGCAGUUUGCAACUUGAAGCCUGCCGGAAGGCCGGCUUCCUGAAGCAGGAGCCCGCGGACGAGUUCUCAGAGCUCUUCGGGCCUCACCAGCAGGGCCUGCCACCCCCCUACCCCCUGUCUCAGCUGCCGCCUGGCCCGGGCCUUGGAGGCCUGGGGCUGGGCCUGGCGGGCAGGGGCGUGGCUGGGCGGCAGGCGUGCCGUUGGGUGGACUGCUGUGCAGCCUACGAGCAGCAGGAGGAGCUGGUGCGGCACAUUGAGAAGAGCCACAUCGACCAGCGCAAGGGCGAGGACUUCACCUGCUUUUGGGCGGGGUGCGUGCGCCGCUACAAGCCCUUCAAUGCCCGCUACAAGCUGCUCAUCCACAUGAGGGUGCACUCGGGCGAGAAGCCCAACAAGUGCAUGUUUGAGGGCUGCAGCAAGGCCUUCUCGAGGCUGGAGAACCUCAAGAUCCACCUGCGGAGCCACACGGGCGAGAAGCCAUACCUGUGCCAGCACCCGGGCUGUCAGAAGGCCUUCAGCAACUCCAGCGACCGCGCCAAGCACCAGCGCACCCACCUUGACACGAAGCCAUACGCCUGCCAGAUCCCUGGCUGCUCCAAGCGCUACACAGACCCCAGCUCCCUCCGCAAGCACGUGAAGGCCCAUUCAGCCAAAGAGCAGCAGGUGCGUAAGAAGCUGCACAUGUGCCCUGAUGCUGAGGCCGAUGUCCUGACCGAGUGUCUGGCCCUACAGCAGCUCCACGCAUCCACACAGCUGGCUGCCAGCAAUGGGAAGGGUGGCCGCACCCUGAGCCAGGAGCUGCUCCCAGGCGUGUAUCCUGGCUCCAUCACCCCCCAUAACGGGCUCGCAUCAAGCAUCCUGCCCCCUAUGCACGAUGUCCCUUCCAGGCACCACCCACUGGACGCCACCACCAGUUCCCACCACCAUCUGUCCCCUCUGCCCACGGCUGAGAGCACCAAGGAUGGGUUGGGACCCGGCCUCCUCUCGCCCAUGGUCAGCCCACUGAAGGGGCUUGCGCCACCGCCGCUGCCACCGUCCUCCCAGAGUCAUUCUCCAGGGGGCCAGUCCUUCCCCACGCUCCCCAGCAAGCCACCCUACCCACCCUUCCAGAGCCCUCCGCCCCAGCCUCUGCCCAGCCCGCAAGGCUACCAGGGCAGUUUCCACUCCAUCCAGAAUUGCUUCCCUUAUGGCGACUGCUACCGGUCAGCCGAGCAGGCCACCAGUGGGGACGGACUGGCCGGGGAGGCCCACGGUUUCAACCCCCUGCGGCCCAAUGGCUACCAUGGCCUCAGUGCACCUUUACCUGCCACAGGCUACGAGGCCCUGGCCGAGGCCCCAUGCCCCACAGUGCUGCCACCACAGCCGUCGGAAGACGUCGUGUCCAGCGGCCCCGAGGACUGCGGCUUCUUCCCCAACGGGGCCUUUGACCACUGCCUGAGUCACAUCCCCUCCAUCUACACAGACACCUGAAGGAACGCCUCCCACACCUGCCUGACCUCCACCGCAGAUGCUCCCUUGCCCACCCCGUCGUCUGUUCCCACCUUGGGGGCACCCAGCCCGAGCAGCCAGGCCACUGCUCCGCAGAACGCAGGGUGCCUGGUCUGCGGCAGCUGCACAGCGCUGGCCGGGAGUGAGCCUCUGAGCCUGAGCCAGGUGCUCAGAGGUGCCCUUCAGGAUCCGUGACCUGUGGCAUCCCUUGACUGCGUCUUCCUUUCGUUUCCCCAAUGGUUUCGAAAUCACAGACCUCGUGUAUAUACAAUGUACAGAACUUGUUGUCCAUUCCCCUGCCAGUUUUAUAUUUUUGGUUUUACA